CGGAGUUGUUCUAACCACAUCUUACAAGCCUUCACUGGCAUUGUUCUACUCCUCAUUUUCACGUCUUACCCACAAAUAAUGUCUUCCUCUGAUACUUCUGCGGGCCUCGUGGAGCGCGUUCAAAACUUUGUCUCCGACAACAAGAAGGCAAUAAUAAUAGGCACGGCUGCCGUCGCUGCUGGCGGUAUAAUUUACUAUGUGUCAUCCUCGUCUCCCAAAAGCGAUGGAGAAAGGAAGAGUCGCAAGAAGGAAUCACGCACGAAGAAGAAAAAGUCGGUCAACGACCCAGAUGGUCCUCUUUUGCAGGAACGGAAACCAAAGGCGACAGUGGAGGAUGAACUGUCCCUCACUGAAGUAGACUGCACUGCUGAACAGAUUGCCGCCCUUCCGGAGGAGGAACGGACAAGUAGAGCAAGUGCAAUGAAAGCAAGAGGAAACGAGGCCUACAAACAACACAAGUUCUCUCAGGCCGCUAUUUAUUAUACUCGUGCGAUCGCCAUGACACCAAAAGCUGAGCCUGUGUUCUACAGUAAUCGUGCAGCAUGCUACAUAAACAUGUCUCCGUCACAACACGAAAAAGUCGUCGAGGACUGCGACCAAGCACUCAAAUUGGAUUCCAAUUACGUCAAAGCGCUCAACCGUCGGGCAAUUGCGUUGGAGGCUCUUGAAAGGUUUCCUGAAGCACUCCGAGAUUUCACUGCCGCCACCAUCCUGAACAAAUUCUCUGAUUCGGCUGCUGCAGAGUCCGUAGAGCGUGUUUUAAAGAAAAUGUCUGCUCAAGAAGCCAAGGAAACUAUUGCAUCCCGCUCACCCCGACUUCCAUCAUUCACCUUUAUCUCUGCCUACUUCGCUGCAUUCAGACCCCGCGCUCUACCUACCCUACCUGAGAACCCGACAACAGGAGACAACACCCUGAUACUUGCCCUUCAAGCCCUCGAAGCACCUGAUUAUCCUCAUGCGUUCACCUUGGUUAACGAAGCUAUCGAGCAAGGCAUCUCCUGGGACAUAGGAAAGGCCGAGGCACUUAACCUACGUGGAACCUUCAAGUUCCUAACUGGUGAAAUUGAGGGUGCAAAAGACGACUUGAACGAGUCAAUAAAUCUAGUCCCUUCUUUCACUCAAAGUUGGGUCAAGAUUGCUAGUGUUUACAUGGAACAGACCGAUCCUACCAAAGCAUUUGAAUGUUUUGAGAAGGCGAUAGAACAUAACCCCAAAGAUCCCGACAUCUAUUACCAUCGUGGCCAGGUGCUCUUCAUUAUGAACCAGUUCAAAGAGGCGGCAGAGAACUACAUGAAGUCUACAGAACUGGACGAUACAUUCGUUUUUAGCCAUAUUCAAUUGGCUGUUGCUCAGUAUAAAGCGGAGCAGCUUGCGUCUUCGAUGGCUCAGUUCCGACGAACGAUGAAGGCGUUCCCUCAGAGGAGUGAACCGUUAAACUAUUACGGUGAACUGUUAUUGGACCAGCAACGGUUCGCAGAUGCGGUUGAGAAGUUUGAUAAAGCUAUUGAGUUGGAGCAGCUCAAGCCUAGACCAAACGUUCUUCCUCUCGUCAACAAAGGAUUGGCAUUGUAUCAAUGGGAGCAAAAUAUUGGUGCUGCAGAGAGGUGCUGUAACGAGGCGUUGAGGAUCGAUCCUGAUUGUGACGCUGCUGUCGCUACCCUUGCUCAACUGAGUUUACAACAAGGAAAGAUCGAGCAAGCGGUAACGUAUUUUGAUAAACAGGUCGAGCUGGCGAGGUCGGAGCCGGAGUUGAUUGGUGCGCUUACUUAUAAGCAUGCAUCCGUUGCGCAACUCGAGUUUGCAAAGAAUUAUCCGGCGAUGGCAGCUCAGUUGAGUAGUAUGGCGCAGAUGAUGGGUUAGAUCUCGGAUUACGAUUCUUUAUGGCCUCAUAGAAGAGGUACACCCCCCCAAAAACGCUCAUUCCAUUCCUAUCAUAUUCGCAUAUUGGUCCAUCUAUUUUCCCGUUGCUAUGAACU